AAAUAAAAACAGCUCAAAAAAAAAACAAAAAAAAUCGAUAGCAUUUCGGUUUCCUGCAGAAUUCUGCUUUAGUCAUCUUAUUUAGCUUAUAUCCGCCCUUUAGAUGGCGAUUUUCGAGUGGCGAAAGUUUACCUUUUUCGAUCUCCGCAAGGGGGUCGACAAGGAGCAGGUUUCGGAAACUUUACAAGGUGCUCGAAUUACAGCUACGGCCAGUGGCAGCAAUUUGUUUAUAAUAUGCGAUUCGGAUGGGAUGAUUCACACCUUCACCCGCUCCUGGGAGCCGGUAAGCUUCAAGGGACACGAGGGUUCCAUAUUGCUGUGCGAUGUGUCGAAGCAAAUCAAUCUGCUUGUCACCAUCGGAGAGGACGUAAACGGGCCUUCAUUCAAGGUGUGGAAUCUUAGCAAAAUUUCCCCGGUUGCCGGGGCACAGUUGAUGCGCACCGUUCGUACCAUGGUUUCAGUACCAAGUGCUUUGGCGGUUUCAGAAGGGGGCCAGUUUAUGGCGAUCGGGUUUGCGAAGGGAAAUAUUUCGCUUUACCGAGGGGAUAUUAGUCGCGAUAGAUCGAAAACCCUGAAGCAGCUAACUGCUGGGUCGGCGUCGAUAACGGGAAUAGCUUUUAAGCAUUUUAGUAAGAUUACUCAGAUGUUUGUAUGUUCGGAUUCCGGUGUCUAUUUGUAUAAUUUACAAAAUCGAGACAAAGAAAUUAGAGUAGUACUGGACACUAUAAACUCACCGGUAGGUUGUUGUGCUUUGCAAACAGGGCAUAACGAGGGCCAUUUUAUGGUUGGCCGAGAUGACGCCGUUUAUUGCUACACCUCAGAUGGACGGGGUCCGUGCUACGCAUUAGCGGGAAAGAAAACCUUAUUGCAAUGGUUCCGCUCGCAUCUAUUGAUUGUGUCUAAAAAUUCUCGCACUAGCGGCGCAAAUGCAAACGGAUUCGUGCUCACAGUUAUCGAUAUUCAGAACAAGUUUAUUGUUUUCACCUGUCCCAUUGAGGAAGUGUCAGCAUUUCUGACGGAAUUCGGAUCAUGUUAUAUUUUAACAGAGAGCAAGCAAAUUCUACAUCUGGAUGAGAAAGAUUUGCAGAGCAAGCUAAAUUUGUUGUUCAGAAAGAAUUUGUAUGAUAUCGCGGUCCGGAUAGCGAAAAGCAAUCAAUACGACGCGGAUGGUCUUGCUGGGAUUUUCAAGCAAUACGGAGAUCAUCUGUACAGUAAGGGCGAUUACUCUGGGUCCGUGGAUCAAUAUAUUAAGACGAUAGGAUUCUUAGAGCCGUCAUACGUGAUACGACGAUUUUUGGACGCUCGACACAUCCACUAUCUGACGGAUUAUUUACAGGCAAUUCAUAAAUCUGGUCGUGCAUCAGCGGAUCACACAACGCUGUUGCUUAAUUGUUUCACCCGGUUGGACCGCACGGAGCAGUUGCAACAAUUUCUGGAAAAUGAAAAUAAACUCAAUUUGUUUGAUGUUGACGUUGCCAUUAAAGUUUGCCGAAACGCUUCUGUCGAGCAAGCUCUAGCUCUGGCCAAAGCCCAUGGAAAGCACGACCUGUGUCUCAGUAUUCUCACCGAAGACCUCUGCCGUUAUGAAGCCGCUUUGCAAUAUAUACAGCAGUUAGAGUUCUCGGAAGCAGAGAGGAAUGUUAAAAAAUACGGACUAUUGCUAAUGGAGCACUGUCCCGAAGAAACUAUCCAGUUGUUGAAAAAACUCUGCACGGACUACGUGCGUACGGAUCUAGGAACAAACGCGCUGCAGGAUCACUUCGGUGAUGACGAUCUGCACAAUAUGUUCGAUAAUGAAUUCAACAGUGAACGUGGUAAUCCGGAGGAUUUUAUUCAUCUAUUUUCGAAUGACGAGUUGUUGAUUGAUUUUCUGGAGCACUUGAUCAGAAACCUGCCAUCUUGUAGUAAGUUUGUGUAUAACACUUUGAUAGAGCAUUAUCUCUAUCGCUGGCAGCAGGAACCGGCAAUCGAGCGAAAAUUAUCCGACGUACUGAAAAACAACGCCGAGCGUUACGAUAAGAAUCAUGUGCUAAUCCAAUGUCGUGUGCACCAGUUCUGGCCAGGUGUGAUGUAUCUCUACGAGGAAGAUAAACUGCACCAUUUGAUUAUACGGCACUGUUUGAAGAAUAAAGAUUAUGAGAACUUGCUGACAUACUGUAGAAAGCUUGGUCAGAAUGAUGCCACACUGUGGCUGUUGGCUCUGAACGGGUUGAAAAAUGACACCGGCGCCCCUCCGAAGUUGCUAUCUCAGGUGCUGCAGGUUAUAGCCCAGGAAAAGUUGCAGGCUCCGUUACAGAUUCUCAACUGUCUGGCAGUAGAAAAUGGGCCUACGUUACUGCCGGUGCGGGACUACUUUAUGCAGGUGUUUCAAAAGGAACAGGAAUCGACUCGACACGAUCAAGACCUAACGCAUAAGUACAACGAAGAAUCGAUGUCGAUAAAGAAACACAUCAAGCAGCUCCAGGAGGGUAACGUCGAGUUUCGGAACACCGUUUGUGACACGUGCAAGCAACCACUGUCCUGGCCGGCGUUGUUUUUUCUCUGCAAACAUUCCUACCAUCAAGAUUGCAUUCGUGGUUACUCGGAAACGGAACGGGAUUGUCCGGUGUGCAACAAGAAGAACAUUCAACUGAUGGAUGCGCUGCGAGCCCAGAGUGAAUCUCGCGGUCAGCAUGAAGUGUUCCACAAUCUACUCGAUCGGUCUUCGGAACCUUUCUCUGUUGUGGCAGAAUAUUUCGGCAGAGGUUUAUUCAAUAAAUUGCUGAUUGUCGAAGAAGAGGACCGACAUUCUGAGCCUUCGACAGCCCCAAGUGAGGCCGAUAUGACAAAUCUUGUAAAGCGAACCGAACAAAUGCGCAUGGCCGACUCAAGUGUCAAGCCCUACACAAACUACGGCGCGGGAGCUGAGGCGCGAAUGCGUCAGGAAGAGGGUCGCCAUGCUCAGGUGCGAUUGGAAGCACAGGAAAGUGAAAUGCGCCUCCGGCUGAUGGAACAGGAACGCAUUCGUCAACGUAAUCAGGUAGCCCUCCUAGCCCAACAGCAGCUGAAACUGCGCGACGAUCGCAGUCCAAAACGCUCACCCUAUGGCAGUCCAAAACCAGCGUCGACUUUGGCUAAUUACCGUCCUCAGCCGGCGGCAGGAAAACCAACCCCAGCGAAAAAUCCUUUCGACGAAGAGGAAGCCCCUGGCGGUUAUGAUAAUACCAAAAAUCCAUUCGCCGCAGAUGAGCCGGUGGCGAAAAAAGCGGCGGCGGAUGCGGGUAAUCCUUUCGAGGAGUACGAUAGCAGCUUGGAUCCGUUUGCUGAGUAGAUUAGGAUUGAUGUACUCAGUUGUUAUUUUUUCCAUAUCACGGAAAUACCAAUUUAUAGCCCUAUAUAUUUGCAAGGUUACAAAAUAAAAUUAUAAAUAUAUCUAAACUCAGUAAAAAUAUGUUAUUGUGUAAUAAAUUACUUUUCUAUAGAAAUCGAA